UAAACUGUUUGUGAGAUCCAGGAUAUACUAAGGGAUUAUCUGCUUAAGGCUUGUUGCAAACAAGCAAACUUAGCAAGCAGGCGUCUUUUGGCGAGUGCCCUUAACCUCUGAAAGUCCUGUGUUGUGGAUGUACAAGUACCUGCAUUGUGGAACAGAAGCUUUUAGCAUUGGAGGGCUGUCAAGGUGGAUUAACAUUUUCAGGCUCGCCAGCUUCUCUGUCUCUUUGAGAAUUUAGAAGGGUGCUGAGCCAUGGCUGACUUGGACCACAAUCUCAGCUUAGCAGAUGCCCUGACUGAGCCACCACCACAGAUUGAGGAGGAAGUGAAACGGGAUUUCAUGGCCACCCUGGAAGCCGAGAAAUUUGACGAUGUGAUUGGAGAAACUGUCGGCAAAACGGACUACAUCCCUCUUCUAGACGAUGAUGACCCCAAGGCUGGGAACCAGGAAGCGAAAACCAAACCACACGCCGACAACGUUCAAGCGGAGCGUACGUCGGCGACGGCGAUUGGACCAGCAGCUGUCGUUGAGAAUGGCGAUCACGGGAUAGAAGGCAGCAGGAAGGUGUCCCCAGGAAAGAUCGUGGAUGAAAAAAUGUCUUACAAGGAGUUCCUGGACCGCAACGACUCAUGGACAAUGGAUGACAGGGCACAUGGUUUUGAGGCUCAGCCAGCAUUUAAGCCCGUGGAUGUGACAGAGCCUUUUAAGAUGCACCGUGAAGACGUCCUGUCCGACCUGUUGCUGCUACCUCAGGAAACGAUGAAUGUGCCAACUUCCGGGGAGUAUUUUGGAGCUCCAAAAGAAGUCCAUGCACCUUUUGGAGCUCCAGGAGUUCCUGAGCAGCACCCACUGGGACCCCCCCACUCUCCUGCAAGCAUUUUUGACCCACUGGUCUUCCUGGGUGCAGAACCGGGUGCAGAGACUCUGCUGAACCAGAACGAAGCAGCGCUGGCAAGAGAGAUGGGACCUCCUGAAGACUUCUGGCUGGGAACUCCGCACUUAGUGGAGGGGCAAGGAACACCUUUCUUUGUGCCACCAGUGCCCAGCAAGACCACUGAAGCGACAGCGGUGCCCUGGCCAGAAAGCCCGGUCACGGGUCUGAUAGACGUCGCCGGAGAGCCGAAGCCGCCAGAGGCAAAGCAGUCGGUACCAGCAGCCUUUCCUCCAGUAGGACCCUUCAGUCCUGCCCCUGCAGUGGACGAGCUGAUGGGGUUUGAACCUUCAUUUGACCACAAACCCCUUCCUUCCAAAGAACCUUUAGCAGAUUCUCCAGAAGCUGCUGUGACAAAGGAACAAAAAGCGAAGGCCACAGACUCCAUAGCUCCUGCUGCAGGCGGUUCUCUCGUGCUGGAGAAACAGGAGGAGAGGAAGCCUUCACCCGGCCAGCACAAGGAGAAAGAAGGAAGCAGCCAGGCCCCCGGUCAGGAGGAGGCAAGCAAGCCUCUUUUUAGUCCAAAGGUGGACGACAGUAAGACUCUUCUCAGCCAGCACGGCGAGGAGGAGGAGGGCACCAAACCUCUCGCCCAGAAAGCCAAAGAGAGCAAGCCCUCCCUUGCUCUUCAUAUGGAAAAAAAGGAGAGCCCGCUACCCAGCCCGAAAGUAGAAGAUCCGAAGGUUUCCCUGGCCCAGCACGCCGAGAAGCUAGAUGAGAGCAAGGUCUUUCCCACCCUGCAUAUGGAGGAAGUGGCGAAUAUACCAUCGCCUACCCAGAAAGUAGGAGAACCUCUGAUUUCCCCCACCCAGCAUGCCAAGAAAGCAGAAGAGAGCAAGGUCUCUCCCAGCCAGCCCAGAGGAGAUCAAGAAGAGGCUAAGCCACCCUCCUCCCCCAGCCAACCGGUGGAGCCCUUUUCUGGGCUGGAGAAGCUUGACGAGAAGAACAAGCCGCCUCCCAGUGCAGCGGCCCAGAUGCCCGAGGAGCCCAAGCAGUUGCCGCUAAGCAAACCUGUGGAGCACCUCCCAGAGCCUGCAGAGUCAAAGGAAUCCGUACCGCCAGGAGAGUCCAAAGCCGACUCUAAAGAGCAUCUGGCAGGAAAGCCCCAGGUUGCUCUUGCUGAUGUGUCCAAGCCAAAGGAAGUGCCCGAGCCUCACCCUGAGCAGCCUGUGGAAAAGGCUCCCCUGGAAACUGCAGGUGUACCUCCUGCCCAAGUAAGACAAGCUAAUAAAUCCGGUGAGCACCGCAGGUCUGGCAGAGGAAAACCUGCCCGGGGGUCAGUGGCAGAUGCCCCAGAGGAGUUUCUGGUAGGUUUCCCAGCCCAGAAGAGCCACGCCCAAGGAGGAGACCCCUUUUCCGUGGCAGAAUGUGGCUAUGUCCCUGGGGCGUCCCCUCGGAGCAAGGCUUCUCCUAGGAAAGCAGCUGCCCAGCUGUCUGAGUGUGCAGAGGCUCCCAGAGAUGUUUUGCGAGAGGGUUGGGAUCUGGAAGCUUCAGCGGCGUUGAAGAAGAAGAAGAAGAAACCGAAGCCAAAGAGGAGCCAGCAGCCGAAGGCUGUGGAGGUUUGGGAGGACAACUAUGAAAGGUUGAGGACUCCUUCGUGUUCUGCGGAACCCCAAAAGCCCGAGGUCCCCUUUCCAGCGUCUCGUGAGGUCUUGAGCGCGUCCAAAGAAGUCCUGGGGAAGGAUGCUUCUAAGCCUGGGAGAGAGCGCCAGCUCUCAGACCCUCCGAGCCUUCCCCCAGUUCCUGCAGAAGGAGAGCCGCCCCUGCAGACAGACGGCCCUUCUAAACUCACGCCGGAUGCAAAAGCGGGAGAAGUCGUUGGAGUAGAAGCAAUGAGCGGUGACAGCUUCACAUUGCGGCCUAAAAGCAAAAGGGGGGAACCGCUCGAAGGGCAGCUGAAGCCCCGUGCCAAGCAGGAGAGGCAAGGCAGCCCCACCUCGCCUCCAGGGCGGGACAGUCCUCUGGAAGCGAGCUCCUUUGGGAAAAGCAAGAAAGCUCAGAACCAGACCCCUAAGCUCUGGGGCCCUGACGGGUCCGCUUUGGAGACGACACCGGCUGCGAGCGAGGCCGUGCCUGUGUUUGCGGGUGAGGCGAUGGCCCCGGAAGGCCCAGUUCCUGGGAGGGAGGUGUUGGCAGAGAAGCCAAAGGAACACGAGAAGGGUGGCAAGAGUGAAAGGACGGGCGAGCUUGCGGCCAGAUCUGCGGCCGAAGCAAAGGCUGCCCAGGCAGCUACAGAGAGCAGCAGCUCUGCGACAAGCAAGGGAAGAGGCCGCACUGCCUCAGAGCCUCUGCCAGCGGCAAGUCCCUCUAGAGAGCUUUCGUCAGGAGAUGCAAAGAGUGAAAAGCUGGAUGUUGGUUCAGCAGAAAUCCCCUUUGUCUUGGAAACCAAGUCAGAUCCAGCCCAGCCUCUUGGUCCGGCUGGGGCAGUUGGCAGUGCUAAAGCGCCUCUCGCCGGUACGGACAAGGGAGCCAGCUCCGGGCCUUCAGAACAGCCGGACUGGACUGUUCCCAGGCUGGGGAGUGAGCAGCCUAAAAAGAGGGGCAGUGAUGGAAAAAGCAAGAGAGCUAAAAAUUACCCAGAGCAGCAGCAGCAGCGGCUGUUCCUUUCGGAGGACAAGGCCAACUUGAGCAAGGCUCCAGGUGCGGAGGUAGCCGAGGCACCUGCUGGCACCAGUUUGGCAGCGCAAAGCACUGAGCCGGGCUUCUCUGGCACCCCGGAGAGUAAAACUGUUCUUAGCUCUGCAGGGGUGGGAGAGAAACCAAGGAAAAGGAAUAGUGACGGGAAGAGCAGAAAAGCUGCAGAGAGAAUCUCCUUUGGGCCACCAUUUUUCCUGGAGGUGGAAGACAGCGCCGUCCGCCUUCCCACUGAAGUAGGCGGCCCUGAUCAAACGGAAGCCAUAACUGAUGGCAGUCGAGAUGGGGCGGACGUCUUAGCUGCGAGCCGGCUGCCGGAAGCUGCUGCAGAUAUAGCGAAGCCACAAGCUAGGACGUCCUUGGUGGAAAAAGCCACAGGGGCCCCAAGCAAAGCGAGCGAGUGGGUGGACUUCCCUUCCUCGGCCUACCCCUUUCUCUUGGAAAUGCCAGGCAAGCAGAUGGAGCGUCCUGCUGUUCUUGAGACAGCUGCGCAAGCGAAGGGAACCGAUAAAGGCAAGGGGCCCAGCUUCCCCAUUUUAGAGGGCUCCCCCGUAGCAGAUUCCACCGCAGCGUUGCCGACGAGCAAGCCCAAAAAGAGGACCAGUGACGGGAGAAGCAAAAAGUCUGGGAAAAGUCCUUCAGAACAGCCAUUCUUCCUGGAGACCACAUCUGAUAUGGACAAGCCUUCCCAGAAGGCGGAUGUACCUAAAGAGGCGGGCGCUGCUGACAAAGGCCACGUGCCUGUUGGUGCCACACCGCUCGAGCAGUCCGAGAGCAGCCCAGCCCAGCUCCCUGCUGCAAAACCUUUGAGCAAAACUGAAGGAAAGCAAGGGGAAGGCAUCAACACAGCUACAAAAGACAAUUGCUUUGAGCCGCCGCCUACUUCUGAUCAGAAAACUCGCACCACUUCCAAGUCAGGGCUGUUCGCUCAAAGCAAAGAGACACCCGUGACUGAUGAAGGUCAGGAAGCCAGUCGGGAGCAACGUGCGAAGGAUAUCACGGAUCCGCUGAAACCACCCUUCCCUGAGCUGGCGGCAGAAGAACUCAGGAAACUGGGCCCUCCAGGGCAAAGCCCCCAGGUACACAGCACUGUGGAGGCAGAGCCAGAACCCGUGAGACCGGCUGCGGUACAGAACGAAGUGGCUAAAACAGAAAAGGCUCCACCAUCCCCCAGGGAGGGCAAGGGGAAAGGCCCAGAGCAUCUUUUGGAGGAUGCAAAGGCUACAGGCCUGGUUCCUGUUGAUGAAGCAUCUAGAGGAGCAGAAGAGGGAAAGAACAGACAGGACUGGUCUAGUCCGGAACGUCCUUUCCCUUUGGGGACCAAGGCAGAAGCAGAGCUGGGGCUGGAUGCAGAGGCGAAACCCAAAGAGCCCUCUUCUCCUAGAAGGAGCAAGGAGGAGCGAGGUGGUGGGUCAGAUCUUGCAAGUAGGAAGGAUCCCUUUGCCAAGCCUGCCAAGAGGGGCAGUGACAGGAAAAGCAGGAAGGCCGCGAGCGCCCCCCAGAUGCCCCCUGACCCGCAAGCGGAGGCAGAUGCAAGCGAAGGGCAGCAUCUCCAGCUGGGUGGGUUUGAGUGUGGCGUGGAAGGAAUGGAGUUCGUAGACGAAAACAGAAACAUUAAAGGCCUGCCCCCGGGGCAUCAGAUGCACUGGGAAGAGAACCCUUUGAGCUUGUUUGGCUCCUUUGCGCCAUCUGGUUCCGGUGCGGGCGGUGAAGCCGCUUCCAGAAGCCAAGGGCUUGGGUGCCCCUUUCUAGAACACCCUGGCAGGUUUCUCAGUGAGCUCAGCAAGGAGCAGCCUUUUCUCCCCGAAAUCCUGAAAGUCGUCAGUCAAAACGAGCAGAGGGAUCGACAUGACCUGCAGGAGAAUUUGUCAAAACUAGAAGGGAGCGAGGCCACCAUAGAGGCUUCCCUUGUGAUGAAGGCAGGGGAUGAAACGAGGGAGAAGAGGAAGAAAAGCAAACGGCCCCCGUCAGAGCGCCUCGUCAAACGCGACGACAGAACAGGGAAGGAUCAGGCGCUCAGCACCACGCUUGCAGCAGAUGGAAGAAUAAACCUCCCGGACGGAGCGCAAGACUCUGGGCUUGCUUUGUUGGAAUUGCCAGUGGAGGAGGAAUCAAAGAUGGCUGCCGGAAGAGAAGGAAGUGGUUCUGCGGGGAAAGGAACCAGCGUCCCUCCUGGGGAAUUACCAGCCCUUUGGGACAUCCAGGGAGAAGCUGCAGCACUCCAGGCUCUGACAACAGCACUUGUUGGAGGUCCUGCUGGGCCGGUGGCAUUAGCGGAAAGCAGCACUGAAGAGAGGACCUCAGGGUGCCUAGAUAGUCUAGGAAGUGAGGCAGGGGUAGAUAAGCUCCUGGAGGAUGUCCCCGUGGAGGAAGCGGGUUCUGCUAAUAAACCUAAAGCCCUUUCUGAGCAUCUGGAGUCCGAUGAUGUGAGCAAGCCGAAGAUCAGCCCACCAGGGCAGACGGCUAGCGUGGAGGAAGCAGAGCUGCUAAGGGAGGUGGCUGAACGGCCGGACAGCCGGAGCCUUGGGUCUGAGGCUGGUGAAGGCGCCGCCGCGUUGAUUGCGCAGGCUGAUCGUGGAGACCAGGUGGCAGGAGAGACCAAGAAAGAAGGCCGAGCCAGAGCUGCUCAGCAAAUCAAAGGCUACAUGAGACCCACAAAGUCAAGAGGGCUUCCUCCUCCUUCGCUGAGGGUUGCCGCUCAAGAGCCAGGCAGGAGAAGGCCAGCGAAGCCCGACGGCCCCAACCUGCAAAGGCAAGAGAAAGCAAAACCCGAAGAGGUGAAGCCAGACGCUGAGGUUGCGAGGGCGAACGACAUUGCAGCCCCUCCCAGCAAGGAGCUCCCGCCAAGCCCCGAGAAGAAAGCCAAGCCUUCAGCCUCCACUCCAGCAGCCAAGCCUGCUGCGGCGAAAACCAAGCCCGUGCCCACCACUGCUGCUGCCGCCCCCGCCACCAAGCGGCCGGCUUCGGCUACGCCAGGCCAAAACAAAAAAGCCACCAGCCCUACUGCAGGCCCGGCCGCAGCCACCGCCCCUAAACGCCCGGCGACCAGUAGCGCACGACCCUCCACCUUAACUCCUAAAGACUCCAAACCAAAGGGGACAGACGUCAAGAGCCCAGAUAAGCGAACCUCCCCUUCAAAGCCGCCGUCCGCUGCCACCCCCAGACCUGCUACGAAAAGCAGCCCAGCCACCCCCAGGCCCUCGACAGCACUGACGAGUCUGAAUACUUCAAGCCCCCGGAGCACCGCCACGUCCCCGCCCAAGAGGCCCUCCACCAUCAAGACGGACGCAAAGACCACCGAUGCCAAGAAGACCCCCUCAAAAUCGCCAUCAGCUGACCUGAGCCGCCCAAAGAGUGCCCCGGCCUCCACCACUCCUUCUCCCGCCCUGCCUGGAGCUGCGGCGAGCCGGCCCAAGCCUAAGCCAGCUGUGCCCAAACUUUCCGGAAUGGGGAGCGUAACCACCGAGCCCAAGAAGGCCUCCACGCUCAGAGCAGCGCCCAAAACCAGCCCCGGCCCCAAGCCCCCGCGGCCCCCCACCAGUGUAUCCGCCCCGGACCUGAAGAACGUCCGGUCCAAGAUCGGCUCCACGGAUAACAUCAAGCACCAGCCUGGUGGAGGAAAGGCAAAAGUAGAGAGAAAGGCAGAGUCAGCCGGGGCUGCCCGAAAGCCCGAACUCAAUGCAGUAUCUAAAACGGCUACCACUAAAACAGCUGUUACAAAAGAGGGUGCCCAAAAGCAGCCCAAUGGGAAAGUCCAGAUAGUCUCCAAAAAGGCCAACUACAGCCACGUUCAGUCCAAGUGUGGGUCCAAGGACAAUAUUAAGCAUGUCCCUGGAGGUGGGAAUGUUCCAAAUGCCCCCAAGGCAGCUUCGGGCAGCCACUCCCAGCCGUCCACCGCCCCCAAGCCCAGCCAGGGCAGUACCAAUGUGCAGAUCCUGAACAAGAAGAUUGACCUUUCCAAAGUGUCCUCAAAGUGCGGGUCAAAGACAAAUAUCAAGCAUAAGCCAGGAGGUGGAGAUGUCAAGAUUGAAAACCAGAAGCUGAACUUCAAGGAGAAAGCCCAGGCCAAGGUGGGCUCGCUGGACAACGUCGGGCACACGCCGGCUGGCGGCACUGUGAAGACUGAGGGGGGCGAGGAGGCAGCCCCACAGAACGGAGCUGCGACCACGCCCCCGCCAGGCAGCAGUGCCAUGCAGGAGAACGGCGUAGGGCCGGCCGCGCCCCUCCUGGGCAGUGGUGGCCAAAGGGAAGCGCAGUGCUUCGACACUCACAUACAAGAAACAAGCAUCUAACGAUGACAUUCUGGUGUCGCCUUCCGCCCCUCUUCUCUCCCCGUCUCCCCGCUCCCCUCCCCCCUGUGUG